CCCCACCCCCGCCACCGUCUUCCUUCAGGCCUCUUGGAAAGUGAGGAAUGCAAUUCGGCCACCAUGAUGGAAGGAUUGAAAAAACGAACCAGGAAGGCCUUUGGAAUACGGAAGAAAGAAAAGGACACUGAUUCUACGGGUUCCCCAGAUAGGGAUGGAAUCCAGCCCAGUGCUCACGAACCACCCUACAAUAACAAAGCAGAAUGCGCGCGGGAAGGAGGAAAAAAAGUGUCGAAGAAGAGCAACGGAGCCCCAAAUGGGUUUUACGCCGAGAUCGACUGGGAAAGAUAUAACUCCCCUGAGCUUGACGAGGAAGGUUACAGCAUCAGACCUGAGGAACCCGGCUCUACCAAAGGAAAGCACUUUUAUUCUUCAAGUGAAUCCGAAGAGGAAGAAGAGUCACAUAAGAAAUUUAACAUCAAGAUUAAGCCUCUCCAGGCUAAAGAUAUCCUUAAGAAUGCCGCCACGGUGGAUGAAUUAAAGGCCUCAAUCGGCAAUAUCGCACUGUCUCCCUCUCCAGUGAGGAAAAGUCCGAGGCGCAGCCCGGGCGCGAUUAAAAGGAACUUAUCCAGUGAAGAGAUAGCGAGGCCCAGGCGCUCAACACCAACUCCGGAACCUGCGAGCAAAAAGGCCCUGGAGGACCCAAUGGCACUGGCCCCCCUGUUCGGCCCACCGCUCGAAUCAGCGUUUGAUGAGCAGAAGACUGAAGUUCCUCUAGGUCAGCCGGAGAUCUGGGGUUCCGUCCAGCCCAUCAGUUCCAGCCUCGACUCUCCCAAACUCUCAAGACCUUUUCCCACCGGAACACCUCCACCUCUUCCUCCUAAAAAUGUGCCAGCUACGCCCCCGAGAACAGCUUCGCCCUUAACCGUUGGACUCGGAAUUGACCCGCUAGCCCCAGAGGUCAAAGGCGAAAAGCUACCGUCAAUCAGUGACUUGGACAGCAUUUUCGGGCCAGUGUUAUCCCCCAAGGCCGUUGCCGUGAACACGGAAGAGAAGUGGGUCCAUUUUUCUGACACAUCCCCGGAACACGCCACCCCGGCUUCCAGGGAAAAGGUGGCAUCCCCCGAGCCCCCCUCGGCCGGAGCCCCUCGCGCCAUCCCGUCGCCGCUCGAUCUAGAAGAGAUCCAGAAGAAGGUUUCCGAGCAGGCCCUUGUGAGGGAUGAGAACUUGGAAACUGCCGCCUCUCCCAAGGAGACCGGGGUGGUGGGCCAGAGGGCUACGCCUCCCCCGCCUCCACCGCCGACUUAUAGAACUGUGGUGUCGUCCCCCGGACCAAGCUCUGGAGGUGGCGUGGGCACCACCAGUGGGGCUUCAUCGCCCGCCCGGCCCGCCACACCUCUGGCCACCUGCAGCAGCACCCCUCCCCCGCCGCCCCCGCCUCGACCUCCAUCUCGGCCGAAGCCACCCCCGGGGAAACCAGGAGUCGGAGAGAUGUGCCGGCCUUUCAGCCCUCCCAUUCACUCGUCAAGCCCUCCACCGAUAGCACCCCUGGCCCGGGCUGAAAGCACCUCUUCAAUAUCGUCCACCAAUUCCUUGAGCGCUGCCACCACUCCCACAGUUGAGAAUGAACAGCCUUCUCUCGUUUGGUUUGACAGAGGAAAGUUUUAUUUGACCUUUGAAGGCUCUUCUCGGGGUCCCAGCCCCUUGACAAUGGGCGCUCAGGACACUCUUCCUGUUGCAGCUGCAUUUACCGAGACGGUCAAUGCCUAUUUCAAAGGAGCGGACCCGAACAAGUGCAUCGUGAAGAUCACCGGAGAAAUGGUGCUGUCUUUUCCCGCGGGCAUCACCAGACACUUCGCCACCAACCCAGCUCCCGCGGCGCUGACUUUCCGGGUGAUGAAUUUCAGCAGGUUGGAGCACGUCCUGCCAAACCCCCAGUUGCUCUGUUGCGAUGGUACACAAACUGAUGCCAACACCAAGGAAUUCUGGGUAAACAUGCCAAAUCUGAUGACGCACCUGAAGAAAGUGUCUGAACAAAAGCCACAAGCAACGUAUUACAAUGUGGAUAUGCUCAAAUAUCAGGUAUCCGCUCAGGGCAUUCAGUCCACACCAUUAAACCUGGCAGUCAGCUGGCGUUGUGAGCCCACAAGCACCGACCUACGCAUCGACUACAAGUACAACCCCGAGGCCAUGACCACGCCCGUGGCCCUCAACAAUGUCCAGUUCCUGGUCCCUGUCGACGGCGGCGUGACCAAGCUCCAAGCCGUGCUCCCUCCUGCCGUCUGGAAUGCCGAGCAGCAGAGAAUAUUGUGGAAGAUUCCUGAUAUCUCCCCCAAAUCAGAAAAUGGAGGUGUGGGAUCUUUGUUGGCUCGGUUCCAGCUAUCUGAAGGCCCAAGCAAACCGUCCCCAUUAGUCGUGCAGUUCACCAGUGAAGGUAGCACUCUCUCCGGCUGUGACAUCGAGCUGGUGGGAGGAGGGUAUCGGUUUUCCCUCAUUAAAAAGAGGUUUGCAGCAGGAAAAUACUUGGCUGAUAACUAACGGAACCCUAUGCAAGUCUACAGAGGAUCCAGACAAUUAAGGACGGCUGGACAUGGAACAGGUUUUAAUUAGGGUUUAAUAGGAAAAUGAACCAAAUUCUGCACUUGGAACUUUUCUGUUGGAGGUGUCUGUCACUUUCAGCAAUCAUUUUCCCUCAGACAACACGGUGUCGAUCAGUCCUACAGUAUUUACUUCUAGAUGUAACACUGUUAAUGGUUUUAAAAUGUAAUUAUUGUAUUUGUAAAUUGUAUUCAUUCCCGUAAGGCUGUAUUUCGGCAGUUAGAUCCUUGAGUUUUAGCAUUUUACCAUUCCUGAAAUGGAUGUACUUUAAACUGUGGUAUAUAAAUUUCAUAGUAGUACUGUUGAAUGGCACAAUGCUUACAGAGGUAGAUUGCAUUUUGUCAGUACAUAAAAAUUUAAAUACAGUAUCGAUAGCUGUCAUGAAGGGGGUGCCUCCUAUAAAGAGACUUAAGUUGAACCUGGAACAAACUGGUUUACUUUUCUCUUGUCCUUAGGUUGUCUUACUCAUAAUGUUAAAUUGAAAGCUCUAUCUAUGAGUGGUUAGUGGAUUUAAAUCCAGAAAAUAUUUCAGUAAAUUCUGAGGUUUCAACAUAGUUCCAAAAUAAAAAACAAAAAAAACCCAAGGGAUACCAUUUUUUAAAUGCUUUUUUUUUCCAAACUGCAAAUUUCAUAAAAAUGCAAAGUGUGUAAACAAGGCCUCUUAUUUUUAUAACUUGUGUACAAAGGGAGUGCAAUUCAUAUUUAAAGCUGAAGUAUAUGAGAUUGUAAUCAAGAUUUAAAAUGGGGGAAUCUCAACUAAUUGCCCAUUUUCUAAUGCUUGGCCCAUGAUGAGCUUUUGGAAGAACCAAUCCAGCGGAAACAUUUGUUGUGAUUUUCAGAUUUCGGCCUCUGAAUUUCUAGAGAGAAAGUGAUGAACGAUUCCCGCUCAAUUGUCAUAGACACAAAGUGUCUUCCGCAGCCAGCAGAGUCGGGCUUCAUAUCCUCCUCUUCCUCCCUCCGUCCAAGUCUGGAGGCAUCUCAUCUGUGAGUGAACUUUAAAAUCCACUGCUUAGGUAUGAAAGAAGGUUUUUGAAUUCUUGCCAUGCUUUGCAAAUCCAAAAGAAAAAAAAAUAUUUUGUAAUGAGCACCCUAUCAGAUGAACAUAGUUUUAUUUGGAAAUCUAUAAUAAUAAUCAAAAUAAUUGUGAUAUGCGUUAAGCAG